AUGGCUUCGGAAGAUGCUUCAUGGGGUGAAGAGGGUUUCGAGGGCGCAAAUGGCGAUCCUACUCAGCAUAGCGAGCAGAAUAUUGAAGAUACUGCGCAAGAUCCACAUGCCCCUGGUGAUGCAGACGACGAUGGCUCAGAUGACGGAGGAGACUAUGAUCCAGAAUCUGUGUCCUUUGACCCUUCCAAUCAAGUUCCAGAACAAGCUGCCUUUGCAGUGCCUGAACCAGCUCCUGCACCCAGCAAGCCCAAGAUGACCGGCGGUUUCAUAGUGGAGGCAUCAGACGACGAGGACGAGGAAGAAGACGAAGCGGAGGAGAAGAAGGACGACCAGGCGCAGGAACAGGAGCAGGGCCAGGCGCAGGAGCAGCAACAGCAAGCCCCCAUCCCUCCCGCGACGGAGGAAAAAGCUGGAGAGCCAGCUGAAGCAGCGCGAAGUGCUUCGGCCGUCCCAAGUACAACUGACGCAGUAGCAGCACAAGCGCCGCCACCGCCGCCGCAUAUCCCCGGCAUAGAUCCUGUGCAACUGCUCGAGGCGCGUGUCAAUGAGGAUCCCCGAGGCGACACGGACGCCUGGCUAGAGCUCAUGGCAGAGUACACGCGACGCGAGAACUAUGAAGCUCUGCGUGCCGCAUAUGACCGCUGCGUGAACGUCUUUCCACAGGCUGCUGAUGUCUGGGUUGAAUGGAUCGAACUGGAACUUCGCAUGGAUAAUUUCCGCGCUGUCGAGCACCUGUUUGAACGCUGCCUCGGGCUCGUCCCCAGCGUCAAGUUAUGGACUGUCUACCUGGACUACAUCCGCCGCAUCAAUGAUUUGAGCAACGACGCAUCAGGCCAGGCCCGUCGCACGAUCACACAGUCUUACGAGUUCACCAUUGAGCGCGUUGGUGUCGACAAGGACUCUGGGGUCAUUUGGUCGGACUAUAUCCAAUUUCUCAAGACUGGCCCCGGUCAGGUUGGCGGCACGGGGUGGCAGGAUCAGCAAAAGAUGGACCAGCUUCGCAAGGCCUAUCACCGCGCCAUCAACGUGCCCACGUCAAAAGUGAACGAGCUGUGGAGAGAAUACGAUCAGUUCGAAAUGAGUCUCAACAAGAUGACAGGUCGCAAAUUCAUUCAAGAGCGCUCACCUGGCUACAUGUCGGCCAAGAGCGCCAACAUCGCCCUCGACAAUAUCACGCGCAACCUCCGACGAACCAAAUUGCCUCGCCUCCCGCCUGCGCCUGGCUUUGAUGGUGAUGUCGAAUACAAGGAACAAGUCGAGAUUUGGAAGAAAUGGAUCGCUUGGGAGAAGGACGACCAUUUGGUGCUUGCCACCGACGAGCCCAAGGUGUUCAAGCAGCGCGUCAUGUACUGUUACAGACAGGCCCUGAUGGCUCUUCGCUUCUGCCCUGAGAUCUGGCUGGAUGCAGCCGACUGGUGUCUCAAGAAUGAUGUGCGCGAAGACGACAAGGAGACAGCCACCGAAAUGCUUGUGCAGGGCAUCGCCGCCAACCCAGAGAGUGUGCUCCUGGCGUUCAAGCAUGCCGACCACAUUGAGGCCAAUUAUCCCGUCAAGGAGGGCGACACUGUCGAGUUUGCCAAAACUGUGCGGAGACCGCUUGACGACGUCCUCGGGACGCUGUACGCGUUGGGUGACAAGGUCAAGGAACGUGAGAAGCUCGAGGUAUCUACGCUCAAGCAGCAAGCAGCCCAGGAAAAGUCGGAGGAUGCUGCUGAAAACCAAUACGACGACGAGGAAGAGGGUGGCCUGCCUCGCAAGUCGCCUACGGAGCUCCGCAUUGAGGCCAUCCAGAAAGGCUAUGCUGCCGAGACACAGCUGCUGUCGCGCACCAUCUCCUAUGUGUGGAUCGCCAUGGCACGUGCCAUGCGUCGGAUCCAAGGCAAGGGCAACCAGACAGAAGGGGGCCUUCGCAAAGUGUUCACCGAUGCUCGUCACAAGGGUCGGCUCACAAGCGAUGUAUAUGUUGCGGUAGCACUGCUGGAGUCCGUCGUAUACAAGGACCCGGUGGGCGCUAAGAUCUUUGAGCGCGGUGCUCGUCUCUUCCCGAAUGACGAGGUCUUCAUGAUAGAGUACCUGAAGUUCCUCCACAGCAAGGACGAUACUACGAAUGCUCGCGUCGUUUUCGAAACAUGCGUCAACCGCCUGGUUAGCAAACCCGAGACCCUCCACAAGGCGAAGCCGCUGUACGCCUACUUUCACAAGUAUGAAUCGCAGUUUGGCGAGCUCUCGCAGAUCUCCAAGUUGGAGGAUCGCAUUGCGGAGCUUUUCCCCGACGAUCCCCGGUUGAGCUACUUUACGGCCCGCUACUCUUCCGACAAGUUUGAUCCCGUGGCGGCCCCUGUGAUCAUCUCCAAAUCUGCCCAGAUGCGACCCAAACAGCUGUUGCCGACGAUUGAGCAACCCGGGUCUAUGCGAUCCAGCCCGCAGCCGGCGGCGUACGAAAGCCCGAGGCCACACUACGUCCAAGUUGCGCCCUCGCCCAAAAGGCCGCUUGGGCCCGAUGACGAGGAGCUCAAUCCACCCAAGCGACUCGCUAGGGGCGUGUCGCCGCUCAAGGGAGCCGCAGGGCGUCGUCUGGACCAGCAGCGUCGCAAUCAGGCUUCGGCUCUGCACAGGGACAUUACAUUCAUCCUGUCCAUCCUGCCGCCGGCUCACACCUAUGAUGGCGCGCCUUUGAACGCGGCGGGAUUGACGAGCAUACUCAGAGAGACACCACUGCCCCCCGUAUCCGAGUGGAUCUCUAAGAUGGGUCCUCAAGCACGCCAGCAGACGCCUGGCCAUGGUCGUCAGACUUCUGGUGAAUACGCAAGCCGCCCACUUAGUCCUUUUGGCCGCGUCCAGUCUGCUUCUGGCGGUUAUAGGAACUCGCCUCUGGCUGCUGGCGCGACCUACCCUCCCCCGCCCAACGCAGGUGCUCUGCCCCCUGGCGCUCUGCCUCCUGGCUGGCCUGCACCCCCAACAGGGUAUGGGCAGCCUCAGCCGCCUCAGUACGGUGGCUACCCGUACUAA